GGGCGCUGGGCUAUCAAAGAUGUCAAGUAUAUACGGGGCUCGAAUCUAGAUGCCAACUAUUACCCGCCUAGCUGUGUGAGAAGAGCGCAGUUAAUUCGCUCAUCGGAAAGCAGCUGCUAAUUGAAGAUGCUGAAGAGAGCUGGUGUCCCUCCUAAGAAGCUUCUGUUAAAUGGCACCCAGUUCCGCUGGAACAAGUAUUUUAUACACGAUUUUGGACGAUUCUGUUCUAAUGCAACCAAUCGGGGCACGAAUACCAAGAAAUCUGUCUUGAAAGCUGCCUCAAGUGUCGUUUCUCUUACUGCUUACUCCGGUGACAACCGGAUAUUUAUUUGUUCUGGGUUCAUAAUGGAGUGUGAUAAUAUAUGUGGCACCUUCAUGGGUACUAUCCUCACUUCUGCUACACUCCUGCGAAGUGCAAGUGACGCAGAUAUGGUGGCUGAUGAUCUCAAGAUUGAUGUGUACAUGGCAGGAGGUACAUUCUUCAGAGGCGAAGUGUUAGCUGUUGACUUCCACUACAACAUUGCUAUAAUCAAGAUAAACUCAGAUGUACCUCUGCCAACUUCUACUAUUAGGCUUAUUGAUACUCAUGUGCCUAUAGAUCCUGGUAACUGUGGUUCCAUUGAAGAUUUUAAGUUAUCCCGGUGUACUGAACGUCAAGAUUCAGCGACAUCUGCCGAUCGGUUUUCACUUUAUCCCGGUAUGGAGGUAUUUGCCUUAGGGCGCUAUUUUCGGGAUUCCUAUGAUAUUAUGGCCGCACCUGGUGAAUUCAGGUAUGGUGGUUGUGACUUUGAUUGUCAAGAGCUUCUGAGUGCAAGUUGUCUUAUUAAAAAGAAUGGGAUUGGUGGACCUCUUAUCAAUUUUCUUGGAGAGGUUAUUGGAAUUAACUUCUACGAGGUUUCAUACACUCCUUUUCUUCCGAUCAACAUAGCGUACCAAUGUUAUAGAGAUCUAAAGAAACAAUGUCGAAUUCCACGUCCUUGGAUUGGAUUAAGUGUCAUUGAUCUAUAUGCCGGAAGUUUGCAUGAGCUGGAAAUAUUACACGAAAAGUUCCCACAUGUUGUUAAAGGGGCAAUGGUAAAGGAGGCACUACCCGAAUCUCCGGCUUGUAUUGCUGCUCUACAUGUUGGCGAUGUUAUUACGAGUUGUGAUGGAAAUCUUGUGCGGAGCUGCCUGGAGCUUACUGAAGCAUUGUGGAACAAGGAGGGUAAAUCUGUUGAGCUAGUUGUGGUUAGAGCAAGUGCUGACAGACUUCUGAAUCUCGUAGUGGAAGUAGUGGAGACUAACCCAAACACAUAUCGGUGGCCUGUUCCAGAGCAACAAAUUUUGAGGAAUUGUCAAUAUGCGUGAUCCAUGUCAAGGCGUGAAAAGUUUUACAAGGUCUUCUAAAUCUUUGUCAGUACUAUAUGAUAGUGAGAGGACAAAAGUCAUAUGUUGACACAUUGUUCAUUUUGUGUUUUCUCUGCCAACAGAUAAUGAAUUUUUUUCAUGAUGUACA